AUGGGAGACACUAAAGCAUUUGUCGUUAUCAAUAUUAUUCUAUCGGCGUUUCUUAUAUCGCUGGUCAGCGCCCUAUAUGACUGUCCUCGGCCUCGAUGUGAGACGUGUCUUCCCGUGACAAUCCAUGACGCGCCUGGAGUUGGCUUUGAUUUGACCCCCUCAUAUGGAACGGCCGUGGUCCAUUACUACAACGGAACAGUGGUGGAAGUUGGCAAGAUCGCUGGAAAUUCCCAGUAUCUGAAACUAAUGAAGGAUCUUGCCAAACCAUCGCAAUCAUUACAUCAAACCAAAAGUUUCUCGGAGACCUUCUUGCUGCAUCUAGAGGAAACUUUACUCUCAUCAAAUGUACCUUCUUCCUGGAAAAACUGGUGGCGUUGGCUGAAAGAGAAACUUGGCUGGGAGGUAAACGCGGAAAUACAAAUACUCAGGGUCUUGAUCAACGACCUCAAGCAGGCUACCGAGGAAGCGAUAUCCCAAAAUCUCCAAAGAGUUGCUGUCACAGCUCCCGAUCUUCCCUCGCUCAACAGCGACACAAUCAGUUCUGCUCUCAAUGAGUUGAACCUACGCACAUGGGUAGGGGAUAGCCCUUCUUACACAAAUGAUCUGGUAGAGGCCGACACUGUCUACGCAGCGAAUGGGUAUGGAUUGUGCAGGGAUUACCAAGACCUUUUCGAGUGCUCGGACGAAUUCGAAGAUUCGCCUACGCCCAGGGUUUAUCUCGUCUCUUUUAGUCGCCAUCUGCUGUACACUAGCAUCAUACGUCCAACUCACGGUGAAGCACUGGCCACGUAUACGUCGGACAGGGCACAAAUUUUCAAUUUUGAUAUAGGGCUGGACCUCAUCGAGCAAGCUGAGCCGUCGGAUCAUUCUUUGUGGGACCAUCUUCGCAGAGACUUGUUGGCCCUUCCUCGCGAAGCAGCUGGCCCCAUUAGGCAUAUUCUUUUAGCUGGCGAGAGUGCAACUGAUCACCGCUUUCUAGCCAUCUUGAGAGAUGCUUUGGCUGAUUUAUCACCGCCCCUGUCCGGUGAUCUCCAAAUCACAAUAGGGAAUUCUCAGAGCCAAUUGAAUCGAGAAACGACAGUGGAUCCAACAUUUGCAGCGGCUCGGGGCGCAGCUCUGUAUGCCCGUCGACGACAGGAGGUUCAGAGUGAAUGUACAGAGUCAGGAAAAUGUGAGAAGGAGAGGUCGAAAGAGCGAUCACAUGAGCAUGAAAUAAAGAUCCUGGCUGAUCUAUGA